GGCUGGUAGACACCUGCACGUCAUUCGCGGGUCACGUCAUGGUGACUACGCCGCACAGCCGACGGGCCGCUGCCGCUGACAGGUCUGGUCUGGUAUGUUGGCACGGACAUUUUUGGCGUACAAGCAAGACUUUUGAGGCAUGGAAGGGCACCCCCACGUUGGCGUAGUUUCGAGUGCUCGGCGAUACAUAUUGCAUGAAACAUGAACAUGCUCAAUGCGCUGAAUGUGUCCACGCGAUCCAUACGAAGACGGGUGAAAUUGAGGUUAGGAGCGAAGACUUCCAUGACCUAAGCGUUCUUGGCCAAUUCCUGGCGCAGUUGGUUGCAAAAGUCGUCAUCAGCUUCGUCGACGUCCCAGUCGUCUUGCCACUGGAGUUUGAUUUGCGCUUCCUUUUCUUCUUGGGCCGCACCCCACGUGUGUUCUUCGAAUUCUUCAAAUUCGUCGUCUUCUUCGACAAUAUGGAUGAUUUGCUUGGCCUCGGCGUUCGCAGGAGCGGCCGGGGGUGCGGCGGCGGCGGGUGCUUUGCUGCUCAUUGUUCGGUUGGGAAAGUAUGAGAG